AUGUCUGUACUGCAGUUCCCAGAAAAUCUCAAAUUGACGAAGCGUACCGGUUAUGAUGAAGAUGAUAAGACUGACUCAACCGAGACCCGUCCGCUAUUGGAAACUGAGAGUCCAUCGCCCUCUAGUUUAUCCGAAUUGUCCAUGGCUAUCCGGACUAGCUCUGAUCCAAAGCUCGACGACGUCGAUGCAAUCCUCCCCGUCGCUGGCGAACCUACGCUACAUAUCCUAGUGGCUGAACAUGACCCUGUCACCAGAGCCAACUUGAAAUCAAAGUUGGAACAGCUCGGACAUGACGUACAGGUAGCCGUCAACGGAAAAGAUUGCGCGUCUUUGUACCAUACAGUGCUAUUCGAUGGCAAUCUGCAUACUUUUGACAUAGUUCUUAUGGGCAUAACGAUGGACCAAAUGAAUGGCAAUCGAGCCAUAGAGUUGAUUCGCGAAGCCGAGAAAGAAGAAUGGGCCUCUACGCCCUUCGGUGCCAGCCUUCCCCGGCGUCAUGUUCCGGUCUUCGCCAUCUCGGGAGGCCACGAAAAUGAAAAUAGUCGUAUAUGUUUUACUGAACUUGAUUUCGAUGGCUGGAUCCCGAAGCCCAUUGACUAUGAUCGGCUGGAAGUCAUCAUGAAGAGCAUGCUGUCGGAUGAGCUUCGAAACCAGACUGUUUGUACGGGUGAGACGUGGAAGGCUGGAGGCUGGUUUAGGGCAAAAGGGGAGUGA